UGCGCGGAGGCACCGAGCCUUCGAGUCGGAAAAAGCAGCCCCGGGGCUUCAGGCGUCUGUAUCCGCGUCCGUGGGUGUGUUUCCCACCAGGCGCCCUCCUCGCACCUCGAUGCGGAGCCGCGCGCCGAGCGCCCCACGUCUGCGUGCCGCGAGGGCCGGCCCGGGCUGACACCACUUCCUCCCCAGCCGCCGACCCGAGCCAGGCUGCAGCCCCCGCUCCGCGAAGCCUCCCGGCCGCCGCCCCGAAGCUGCCCGGUGCACGAGUCUCCGCCGAGUGCCUGCGCGCCCCGAGCAGCCGUCGAGAUGGGUGAGUCAAACGAAGAUAUAGAGCAAAUGUUCAGCAAUUUGCUGGGAGAGAUGGAUCUCCUGACUCAGAGUUUAGGAGUCGACAUUCUUCCUCCUCCAGAUCCUAAACCGCCCAGAGUUGAAUUUAACUACAGUGUGGGGUUUAAGGAUUUAAAUGAGUCCUUAAAUGCACUGGAAGACCAAGAUUUAGAUGCUCUCAUGGCGGAUCUGGUAGCAGACAUAAGUGAAGCUGAGCAGAGGACAAUCCAGGCCCAGAAAGAGACCCCUCAAAAGCAACCUCAUUCAGCAUCCCUGUGUGUGCCAAGUUUCAGUGGUUCAACCUCUCUUGGUUAUGGAACAAAUGUUGCUGCAACGAGUCAGUAUGAUGAUGACUUACCACCUCCACCAGCUGAUCCAGUGUUAGACCUUCCGCUGCCACCACCCCCUCCAGGACCCAUCUCUCAGGAAGAAGAAGAAGCUCAAGCCAAGGCUGAUAAAAUAAAACUGGCAUUGGAAAAACUGAAGGAGGCCAAGGUCAAGAAGCUUGUUGUCAAGAUACAUAUGAAUGAUAACAGCUCAAAGUCACUGAUGGUGGAUGAGCGGCAGUUAGCCCGAGAUGUUCUCGACAACCUUUUUGAGAAAACCCACUGUGACUGUAAUGUGGAUUGGUGUCUUUAUGAAAUAUAUCCAGAACUGCAAAUCGAAAGGUUUUUUGAAGACCAUGAAAAUGUUGUUGAAAUCUUAUCAGACUGGACAAGAGACACAGAAAAUAAACUGUUAUUUUUGGAGAAAAAGGAAAAAUAUGCUGUAUUUAAAAACCCCCAGAAUUUUUACCUGGAUAACAAAGGAAAAAAAGAAAACAAGGAAACAAAUGAGAAAAUGAAUGCGAAGAACAAGGAAUCCUUGCUUGAGGAGAGUUUCUGUGGAACAUCCGUCAUUGUGCCAGAACUUGAGGGAGCUCUUUAUUUGAAAGAAGAUGGGAAGAAAUCAUGGAAAAGGCGCUAUUUUCUUUUACGAGCUUCUGGAAUUUAUUAUGUCCCCAAAGGAAAGACUAAGACAUCUCGAGAUCUGGCCUGUUUUAUACAGUUUGAAAAUGUCAACAUUUACUAUGGGAUUCAGUGUAAAAUGAAAUACAAAGCACCCACUGACUACUGCUUUGUUUUAAAGCAUCCCCAGAUUCAGAAGGAGUCCCAGUAUAUCAAGUAUCUGUGCUGUGAUGAUGCCAGAGCGCUAAGCCAGUGGGUCACGGGAAUCAGGAUUGCCAAGUAUGGAAAGACGCUCUAUGAUAACUAUCAGCGGGCCACGGCCAAGGCAGGGCUUGCCUCUCGGUGGACAAACCUGGGCACAGUCAACGCAGUGCCACCAGCCCCGCCUUCCACAGGAGUUAAAACAGACCCCACCCAAGCCAAUGGUCAGCUCCCCCAGGCAACACAGUCUAUGAAUACUGCUCUCGGAGAAGACUGGAGACACCCUGAAACAACUAAGGACAAGAAGCCCGGCCCCAGCCUCGGCAGCCACGAUCCCGGAGCGCCCAGGGCCCAGCCCCUUCCCAAAUCCAGCCUGCCUCCGCCCCCUCCUCCCGUGCGCCGGUCCUCGGAUGUGGGCGGUGGCAGCCCGGGGACGCCCCCCAAGGCCAAGGGCGCGGCCGCUCGCUUCCCUGCUCCGCCCGACGACCUUCUGCCGCCGCCGCCGCCGCCGCCGCCGCCGCCCGUGGAGGACGACGAACUCCCCCCGCCACCCCCUGACUUUAACGACACGCCGCCAGACUUCGUGCCUCCCCCGCCGCCGUCGUUUGCGGGGGAUUUGGGGUUCCCUCUGCCGCCACCGCCGCCACCCCCACCCGCCCUCGCCCCCGAAUCCGUGAGGACGCCCCCGAUGACCGUCAAAAGGCCGCCGCCUCCGCCUAAGAGGCAGGAAAACCCAGGACCACCGGGCGGGGGAGGCGGGGAGCAAGAUUUCAUGUCGGAUCUCAUGAAGGCUUUGCAGAAGAAGAGAGGCAACGUGUCCUAAAGGGAAGCUUAGAAAUACCUUUGGGUGAUGGGCGUAACAUGGUUAACCUGAAAUGCAUUUUUGCUACUUUGAUUCCAUGACUUCAUUUUAGAUCCAGUAUUCAGAUUAGAAAUGCAAAUAGAAACUUCUCCCUAUUGCUCAAGUACAUUAGUAAUCCUUAACCUACACAGAAUUGAGACUGUCUGAGUGAAUGUAUCCAUAUUUUCAGUGUAUUUCCAUUUCGAUAGAUUUUUGUUUUCCCUUCCCAGUUUUUGUUACUAUGUUCCGAACCAUCAAAUUAAUAAAAGUUUAAAAUGGUUUAUCUGAAAAUGGUAUUUCUAGAAAUAUCAGUAUAAAUCUAGCGCAAUAUCAAUCCUGUUUUAUAAUAUAUACUUGACCUUUUACAAAUCCUAGGCCUUCUAAAGUCUUGUUGAUCUUUGAAAUAUGUUCCAUCUCUGUCUCAGUAACCUCCAGAAUUUUCAGAAAAGUUGAAAGAGGAGAAAAAAAAUCAGGAGAUGUAGAGUGAAUUUAGUUUCUUUGAGAUUUCAUUGUUUGGUUGAAGUCCCGGACAUACCCUAACUUGGUUUUGGUCUUCUAGUGGCUGAAUAAGAUAGUAAUUGGUUGAAGGGGAAGCUUUUAAGAUAGUUUUUGGAUUCUCUGUUAUUAUACUAUUAUUUGCUAUAAGUUGUUAUGAUGCUAUAAAUUGCUAUAAAAAUUUAGAGACAGGAAAAGGCUAUCAUAUUCUUCAAUGUGGAAUGUUUUCCCUCAGAUAAACUUAAUGCUGUUUUAACAACCAAUUUAUCCUAAGUUCCUGUUACCCUUAUCUCCUCUUUCUAAUUGGCUGAGAAACCUUUUCGAUUUUUUGUUUUAUUUCCAUGGUUCUAUUUUCUUUUUAAAUGUAAAAUACCUCAAAAUCUUCUUAAAGUGGGUAGAGAAUAAUAAUUGUGUUAUUUUCUACUUAAGGAAGAUGAUUAACCUGAUAUUUUAAUAUUUGGAUAAAAGUUAGCUCUAAAUUGACAUAUAAGACAAAAAGCAAAUUCAGAUUUUAAAACCAAAAUAUUUAAUCAUUAAACCUGAUAAGGUGCACUCAAUUUUUCCUAAACACUGGGACCAAUGGCCAUGGAAAGGAAGGGCUCAGAGAGCAGGACUGAGAAAGGGAGAGGGAGAGAGGUGUUUAUUAACGGGCUUCAGUGGAGACCCCCAAAACUCAAACAUGUAGAAAUAUAAAAAUGCAAACUUUAAAAUGUUCUUGAGUUUUAGCAUUAGAUGAUAUAUAUUAAAAAAAAAACUACAGAAAAGAUUUAGCUGAUUUUGUGGUCAAAAUAUUAAGGCAAUUUUAGUGGACCAAAAGGUUGAAUGCACUGUUUCUCUCUAUCCCUGCCUUUGUUACGGGAUAUAAAUGAAAACACUAGGAAGUGGAUGGUCCAGACAGCCCUUGCUUUGCAUAGUUCGGCCUGCACAAGUUCCAAUUAGCACAAUUUAGAUAACACUAGAUCCCCAACAUGGUUCAUAUAUGCUGCCAUAGUAUUUUAACCAGUAAUUAGUUUUAACUAGUAAGUAAUUAUACGGAGUACAAAUUUGCUGUUAGGUUUUCAACCCGUAAAUCACUAUAUAAGUAACAGAUACAUAUUAUGAUCAGUGACAAGUUACAUUCCUUCUUUAACGCCUGUUAGGGAUUGAUCACUGAUUGUUACUCAGUUUAUUCACAGACAGAAAAGUGUCUUAACGUGAUAAAGUAUUAUACAUAUGUGUCAAGUCAUUAAUGUUUGGAGACACAGAAAUAUUCACAGAUUAAGUGAAAUUAUGUCAGAAUUCCUUUAAAAUACUUGGGGAUAUGUAAAUUCUACUUCAGUGAAAACAAUAACUAGAAAUGGAAAGUGUGUAAGGGUAUAAAUGAAGCAAGACUAAUCAUGCAUUGAUAAUAAAUUGGUUGAAUGGUAAA